AAGCGGCGGGAGGAGGAGGAGGCGCAGGGGAAGGAGGAGGCGGCGGAGCGGCCCCGGUGAGUCCCGGCUGGGCCUGCGCUGCCCCCGCUCUGAAUCUGAUGCUCAGAAAGUGACCCCUCUCCAGCUGCAAAGAUGGUCAUAAACGUCUGUCUCCCACAGUUCAAGCCAAGAAUUCACUGCAACAAGAUCUCUGCUGAUGGCUACGAAGUGGAGAACCUGAUCUCCGAGGACCUGGCCAGGAGGAACCGCGGUUUCCGCAGCGAGUACUUCAUCAAACCCCCAGUCCACGUCACCAUCUCCUUUCCCUUCAACAUCGAGAUCUGCAGGAUCAACAUCGACAUCUCCUCUGGGGGGUACCAAACCUUCUCUGGGCUCGAAGUUUACACCUCUACCUCAAGCCACAAAACCUCUUGGCAGAGCCCCGAGGGGCCCUUCUCAGGUCUGGCCGGGCAGCCUGUGUCGGACAAAGACACUUUCACACUGGUGGGCAAAGCUGUCCUAAAGAAUCAAAGCAAAGUGACUUUCGGCCACAGAGGCUUCAAGCCGAGGCCUCCCUUCCAUCAGAUGGAAAAUGUCUUCUCCUACCCCGGCUCCGUGUCCCAGGACCUCUGGAACAAAGGCCCCGCCUCGCUCAGCAACGUGUCGCACCUGAAAAUCUGCAUCACGCACGUGGCGGGUGGGGGGUUGCCGAGCAUCAAGAGGCUGGAGGUGUGGGCACAGCCUGCCAAGUCCUGCCCACAGGAGGUGAUUGAGGGUGUCUUCCAGGUGGCCUCCCAGUUCCUGGCCCAGGACGCCGGCAGCCUCAAGCCGGAGCUGUGGACGCCGAUGGAGAGCGACUGCGUCCCCUUCAGCGCCAGCGACAGCGAGCAGCACACCCUCCGCAAGCUGGUGGACGUCGUCCAGGACAUCCCCGAGGAAUUCCUGGACCCCAUCACCCUGGAGAUCAUGACUUUCCCCAUGCUCCUGCCCUCCGGGAAGGUGAUCGACCAGACCACCUUGGAAAAGUGCAACCGGAGCGAGGCGUCCUGGGGGAGGGUCCCCAGCGACCCCUUCACCGGGGUGGCCUUCAGCCAGCACUCGCAGCCCCUACCUCACCCCACCCUCAAGGCCAGGAUAGACCACUUCCUGCUGCAGCACAGCAUCCCUGGCACCAACCUGCUGGGGAGGGCUCAUUCCUCGGAGACCCUCGUGCCCUCUUCCAUAACCAUGUCUUCUCUGAAAAGGAAAAUGGACUGCCUGGACCAGGGCUCUCUGCAGCCGCCCUAUUUUUCUGCUACAAACUUACUUGUCUCCUCUACCUCAGAGAACAGUGCUAAAAAACUGAGAACUGACAGUGACUCCCACCUGACCCAGAUGGACUGUUCCACAGAUCUGGUGUCCCACGAGCAGAAGCUGUCGGAGAGCUUGGACACUGCCCUGACCUCGGCCCUCAGCUCCAUGCCCUCUUUCACGGCCAAGCUGAUGAAGAGCCAGCAGCAGCCAAGUGAGGGAGGCUGCAGCAGCUCCUGGAGCGUGGGCACAGUCCUUGAGCACGGCAGGAGCAGCCAGACCCAGGGAUGCUCUUCCUGCGGCAAAACCUUCUCCUCCUACUUCAAACCGGAGCCCAUUUACCAGCUGCCCUGCGGGCACCUCGUGUGCCGGCCCUGCCUGGCCGAGCGGCAGAAGGCGCCGUCCCCCAUCCAGUGCGGGAGCUGCAAGAGGUCGGCAGCCACCCAGGACGUCAGGAGGGUUCACUUCUGACCCCCGGGCUGCCGGGAGGACGAGGACGAGAAGCUGGUGCCGUUCCCCGUGGAUCCGCCGGAGCAUCAGCGGCCCGCAGGAGGAGCC